AUGUCCUCGGACGCCUCCCUCAAAAAAGACAUGAUGGCAGAAACACCAGAGUCGCUCUCGCCACCACUAUCAACAACCGCUUCCAAUGAGUUAACUCCAGAAGAAGCGGCGCGAGCCUUCAAGCCCACCGUCGCGUUCUAUCUUGCAAUGACUACCCUCGCGCUUCUGACCUUCAUCGUCGCCUUGGACGCCACAGCUCUCGCAGUCGCUUUACCCAACAUCUCCGAAGAAAUUCACGGAACAGGUCUUGAAGCCUUUUGGGCCGGUACAGCAUUCAUGUUAUGUUGCGCCGUCUUCCAGCCUGUAAUCGGUUCUUUCUCCACCAUCUUCGGACGCAAGUAUCUCCUAACUGGUGCCGUUCUCUUCUUCCUCGCUGGAUGCAUUGGAUGUGCUCUGGCGAAGAACUUCAACACCAUUCUCAUUUGCCGUGCCAUCCAAGGUGCAGGCGGUGGUGGUAUCGUCGUGAUGACUGAAAUCGUCGUUUGCGACAUGAUUCCACUCAGACUCCGAGGAGAGUGGUUUGGUCUGCUCAGUGGCAUGUACGCGGUUGGUACCGUAUUGGGUCCGAUCAUUGGAGGUGCUUUCGCCCAACACGUUACAUGGAGAUGGAUUUUCUGGAUCAAUCUCCCCUUCAUCGGUGUCGCAAUCGUCAUGGUCCCAAUCUGCAUCAACCUCAAAGUAGCCUCAACCUCCUUCCUCGCCAAAAUCAAAAAGAUCGACUACAUCGGCGCAACCAUCUUCAUCGGCUCGGCCACCGGCUUCAUGAUGGGCAUUUCCUGGGGUGGAGUACAAUACGCCUGGUCAUCCUGGCACACCAUCGUCCCCAUCAUCGUCGGCGUCGCCGGCUUCGUAGCCUUCUACUUCUACGAGGACAAAAUCGCCGCCGACCCGGUCGUCCCAACCUCCAUCUUCAAAAACCGCAACAUCACAGCCGCAUACAUCCAGACCGUCAUCCACUCCCUCAUCGUCCUCUCCCUCGUCUACUACCUCCCCCUCUACUACGAAGGCGUCAAAGGCUUCAACACAACCAUCACCGGCGUGGCCGUCUUCCCCGAGACCUUCACCGUCGCCCCAGCAGCCGUCGUAAUCGGCAUCGUCAUCGGCAAAGUCGGUUCCUUCCGCUGGGCCGUCUGGAGCGGCUGGUUAAUCUCCAUCCUGGGACUCGGCAUCUUAUAUCUCAUGGACGUCCACACCACAACCGUGCAAUGGGUCUUCCUCAACCUCGUCGCCGGAAUCGGCACCGGCUUCCUCUACCCCGCCCUCCAAUUCUCCAUCCAGUCCGCGUGCAAAGACGAGGAUCUCGCCUCCGCGGUGUCCAUGUACUCGUUCUUCCGCGCUGUCGGUCAAACCCUGGGUGUUGCGGUUGGAGGCGUCAUUCUCCAGAACCAACUCGCCGUCAAGAUCAGCGCGUACCCAGCGCUCGCCCCAAUGGCAAAACGCUACUCCCAAGACGCAACCGCGCUCGCUCAUCUCCUCAGGGAUAUGGCCGAUUCGCAGGAUCGCAGAGAUUUGGUCCAGGCAUAUGCUGACUCCCUGAAAGUUGUCUGGAUCGUCAUGUGCGGUCUCGCUGGUCUCGGAUUCAUCAUCAGUUUGCUGAUCAAGGAUUACCCGCUUGAUCGGUUCGUUCCUGCUGUUCAGGCUGUGGAGGGUGAGAAGGAUAAGGUUGGGGAUGAGGAGGUGCCUGUUGCUGUUGUGGAGAAGAAGGCGGAGACGGUUGCGAUAUAA